CCACCAACACUUGAUUACAGCCAUGGCGCUGCCGCUCCCACCGGGCUUAACGCCCCCCGAAAUAGCCUUCAUAUGCGAGAUGGAGCUGGUGACCAUUAUACCCCGGCAGCGCCUCGAAGGCCUCGAAUUGCUUGGAGGGCCCCUGAAGCCACUUAAUCCACCGCAAAGAGCCUCUAUUCCGCUAUGGCUGGCUCUACUCCUAAAGCGCCAACGCCGCGCCAACAUCAUCCCUCCACCGUGGCUUUCGCCACAUUCACUGGCCGCAAUACUGAAGUUCGAGACCGAAGACUCGCCAGACGCCUUCUCUCCGCCACCUCGAUUACCACCGCCAUCGUCCAGUACCGUCGUCCCGCUAUCCUCACCUUUUCUCCCCUCCUCUACAGCCGAUGCCGCGGCCGACGCCCUGCCAUACCACUGGCUAGAACUGGGCUCCAUGCUGCUCGAGGCCGCGCCAGACGACUUCGACGACGCGGACGAGGUGCGGAAGCUUCUCAGAGGACUGAGAGAAGUGCGGAUGGCGAAGUUGAGACAGGGAGUCGAAGUUUUGGAUGCUGGAGGCGGGUUCAAGAUGAACGGUGUGGGUGGCAUGGAGCUGGGCGAGGCAAGGAGCUUCAUCACAGGCGUGGUGGACGGAUUGAGGAAGAUCGGCAAGAGCAGGGAGGAGGCAAGGAAGGAGAGGGAUAGGGAGAAUGGGUACUCGCCAAGUCAGGACUAUGAGGAUGACGAGAUGGACAUGCGCUGAUACCUGGCUGGCAUGCACAAUGGCUCUGCUGGUGAACACGGCUGGCUUUCGGAGGAGGUGAAGCUUUGAUCAGCGCAGGUCAAGCUGCGACUCUUGAGCUAUAACCA